GAGAGAGGGAGAGCGAAGAGCGAAGAGAGAGUUCUCUUUGAGCGGGAAACCGCGAAAAUGUUGCAUUAACACAGAACACAGGCAGAACAAUUGAGGCAGAGCCAAUCGAUUAAUCAGCAGCGAUGCCGCAGCGUUCGCCCUUUGCCAUACAGGAGCUGCUCGGACUGGCCGUGGCGGCAGCGGCAACAACCACAACGGAGGCGGAAGCGGAAACCGUGGCCACCUGCGAGACGCCAACGGAUCUGACAACAGCCGCCAGCAGCCAGGCAUCGCCAAAAACAGCUGCCGGAGGAGCAACAACAGCAACAACGGCAGCAGCAGUGGCCACAACAUACAACACCGCCGCAGCAGUGGCAACAACAGGCACAGGCCCCACAGCAACAGCGGCCACCGGAAGUGGAGCGGUGGGUGACAGUAUGUCAUCGGCGAUGGAUCAGCAGCAGCACCACCAGCACCACUACAGGGAUCACCAUCAAAUGACCAUGGCAGCCGCCUCCCGCAUGGCCUACUUCAACGCCCAUGCAGCGGUGGCGGCCGCCUUCAUGCCCCACCAGCUGGCCGCCGCCGUGCACCAGCACCACCAUCAGCAUCAGCAUCAGCAUCAGCCGCACCAUCCGCACGGAGGGCAUCCGCAUCCGCAUCCGCAUUCGCAUUCGCAUCCGCACUCGCAUGCGGCCGGUGGUGUGCCGCCGCCUCCAAUGCCGCCGCACCACCAUCCGCACCACCACCACCCGCUGCUACAUGCGCAGGGCUUUCCGCAGCUGAAGAACUUCGCGGGAGGCGCCGGAACGUGUUUGCCAGGCUCCCUGGCGCCCAAGGACUUCGGCAUGGAGGGGCUGAACGGCUUCGGGGUGGGGCCGAACAGCAAGAAGAAAAAGAAGAAGCGCCGGCACAGCCGCACGAUCUUCACCAGCUACCAGCUGGAGAAGCUGGAGGAGGCCUUCAAGGAGGCCCACUACCCGGACGUGUAUGCCCGCGAGAUGCUCUCGCUGAAGACGGAGCUGCCCGAGGAUCGCAUACAGGUCUGGUUCCAGAAUCGCAGGGCCAAGUGGCGGAAGACCGAGAAGGUCUGGGGCGGCAGCACGAUCAUGGCCGAGUACGGACUGUACGGGGCGAUGGUGAGGCACUCGCUGCCGCUGCCGGACACCAUCUUGAAGUCGGCCAAGGAGAACGAUGCGGUGGCGCCCUGGCUACUAGGUAUGGAACAGAAAUGCAUGCACCGCAAAUCGAUUGAGGCCCAGUCCGCUCUCAAGGACGAUUCGGGGGUGAGCGAUCACGAGGACUCGGCCGGCUCGAAGUCGGCCCACUCCGAGGAGCUGCGCUCCCACUCGCGGGCCCUCAGCUCUUCCACGGAAUCGCUGAACGUGGUCAGUCCGGCGCCAAGCAGUUGCAACACCAUCACCUCGACGGCCCCGCCGACCUCGACGACGCCGCACGGCAGCAGCGGCUAUGCGGCCGCCUCCUCGGCAGCCACCACGCCCACCGGGGCCAACACGAACAGCUCGGGAUCGCCCCACAUCGAGCUGGGCUCCCCAUCCCCGCAGCAGUCCCAGACCCAGGCCCAGCUGAUGCAACAGCAGCAGCAACAGCAGCAGAGCCAACAUUACUUGUCUGGAGGUGGAGCCGCUAUCGCCACCGCCACGCCGAGCUACCAUCCGCUUCUGGAUGCGGCCAAUGCCGCCGGCGCCGGGGCCGCGGCCUCCAGCAAGGACUUCCACUUAAUCAUGAACACGGCGGUGGCGGCUGCGGCUGCGGCGGCCCAGCAGCAGCAGCAACAGCCCCAGAUGGCGGCGGCGCCUCCGGGCCUGCAUGCCCAUCAUCUAGCGGCCGCCCUCAUGGAACACGAUCCGGAUGCGUUUAGGAACAACUCCAUUGCCUGUCUGCGGGCCAAGGCGCAGGAGCACCAGGCGCGGCUGCUCAACAACGGUGGCCUCUUCCUGCAGGUGCGGAGCUUUGCCCAGGCUCAGGCCCAGGCUCAGGCCCAGUGUGAUAUGCUGAAGCACAGCGAGGAGCACAGCAACAACAACAGCACACAAGCAGGACCAGCGCCACAUCCUCAUACCAAUCCACAUGCCAAUCCACACAGCCACUCCCACAGCCAUUUGCGGGGCAACUCCAAUCAGCAGCACAUUAAAAUGGAGCUUACGGGCAGCGGCGGCGAGGGGCCAAUGGCAGCCUGUGAGGAUGUCUGACGUCAGCAGGACACCUUCA